GGCUGCUUGGUCCUUCAAUCAAUGGCGGCGCCUUUCAUAUGAAGCACAUGACAGCUUCAGUGAUAUCCAAGAGGAACCAGCUUCAGAAAAGCAGGGUGGUUGGCUGAAAGCUGGAGCUUGCUCGGAGCAAAGCCUGAGAUGUAGGCAACGAAGAGCAGCAUUGCGUUAACUACAGUUGGCAGCGCAGCUUGCAGGGGCGUUUGCAGCCCUGAUGGUUGUGUGGUGGCUUCAUGUGGGUUGCCUACAACGGAAAUAAUGUCAGUUUGAGGGGAACAGCUUCCAGUAGGUACCUUGUAAUUUUCAGCAGAUUAACAUGGCACUGAGUGGUUGUGCUUCUGUAGCACUUCAGGGGUUGGCGCCCCCUCCAAAUGUUGGCCGCUGCUUGCCUGGAGCUGCAACAGCAAGGGAAGAAGGUGUUUUCCACCCAGCGGGGCUGCGGAAGUGUCAAUUCUUGCUUGAGAAGGGUAAACCUAUCGGUCUCCAAAAUGGACGCGUGAAUGCGCCCCUGAGUCCGUUUGGUUCCAGUAUCUCAGGCCGGCCCCUCUUCACCUUGAGGGGGUCUGCACACCGGAGACCUUCGCCCAAAAUAUUGCUCCGCGCAUCGUCAGCCUCCGAUGCAAGCCCUCCAUUUUAUCUAGACUUUGGGCCGCCCUCCGAAACAUGGCAUGACAUCAGCAGCGAUGUCAGUAGAGAAGACGCAUCACCUCAGCAAGAGCAGCAAGCGUCAACUUCCGGCAGGACGGCUGAUGAUGUCAGCAGGGGGCGUGCGGGGAGGGGGUUUAGGUUGGCCCCGUUCUCAUUCAGGGGCUCUCCGAUGGCGGCAGUUGGGGUGCCUGACCUGGAUUCAAGGAGAUCAGAAGCAGAAACAAGAAAUGGGGGGGGAGGCUCGGCAGGAAAACCAGGCCCCCAUGCGGAAGGAUCCCGGCAGGGUGGAGAGAUGGUAGCUAGCGAGGGGGGCGGAGAGUUGGAAUAUGUGGACGAGUAUGAUAUCAGCGAAAGGGUGGAACUGGGGCCGCUAAAGGCAGAUCAGGACGACUUGGUUGCGGCGGAAGUAACGAGGGAGUUGCUCGGGGACGACGAGCUAUCAUUGGUGGAGCGAAAGGAGGGGGAGGAGGAGGAUAUGGGGCCAAGAAACAUCCUGCGGAGAGUCAGGAUAAAGCAGCCGGAGGGGGAGGGGAAGGAACUGGCUCGGCGGGAAGAGACGGCAGAGGAGCGGCCGUUGUCGGAGAGUGAGCAGUGGGUCUUGAAAACGGCGGCGGAGCACGUGAAGGGGCUUCAAGAGCGGCAGCGGUCGCAGCGCCUGUGGCAGCAGAACCGGCAGCGGUGGGACGAGAUCAUGGAGAACGUGCGGUUUGCGAUCGGGCGGCACCUCGGCUGGCUGCGGAUCUACUACAAUACGCAGUACAACCCGAAAAAGGGGGAGGACAUCUCAUAUUCGGAAUUCCGGGACCUGGUGGCCCAGCGAAAGGUACAGUACAUGGAGUACGAUGAUUUGGGGGAGCGGAUUGCGGUGAUCGUACCCCAUUUGCGGGCGGUCCACGGGUACAUGCAAGACACGCCCUACGAGGUAUCUUAUGAGCGGCACAAGGUGAAAGCCAUGCCUAAUCAGCAGUGGCACCAUCUCUGGAAGGCCCUUCACUCUCAGGUCCAAGUCAUCCACGUCAACAAGAACCCGAUGCGCUCUCCCGACGUCACCUUCCUCCUCAACGCCACGCUCCUGGGCCUCGCGGUGCUCGGCAUCGCGUUCGGCAUCCGGUUGGCCCGCCACUUGCAAGGUGGACUAGACCACUUUUACGAGUUCCUGACGUUGGAGCGCGAGGUGAUGAACGAGGGCGACAAGCGGGCGCUGCGGAAGAAGUACUGGCCGCAAGAGAAGUACGAGGCGUGGUGCCGGCGACGGGCGUUGCACCAGCAUGCUUUUUACAAAAAGAGGGACGAGCUCUGGGAGCGCUACUUCGCGAAGCAGGACGACUCGGCAGCGCAGAAGCGGUACUGGGAGCGGCAGUACGAAAAGUGGAGGAAGGACCCCCGGCGAGCAGGGCCCCUGGUGGCAGAGAUCCAGAAGCAGUGGGCGGAGGACAUCGAGAAGCUGCGGGCGCAGGCUGCGUCGAUUUUCACAGUGAUGACCGAGAAGGACAACGUGGAAAAUACCAUUGCAGAUGCGUUGGGGGGUGCAAAGGGCCGAGUCAUUCAGGCUUACAGCGACACGGGCGUCAAGUUUUCGGACGUCCAGGGGCUGACCGCGCUCAAGGAGGAGCUGAUGACGUUCGUCCGCAUCAUGCGCGACGACGAGGAGGGGGCGCGCUUCCGGGAAGCCAAGUUUGCGCUGCCCAAGGGUAUCCUGUUGCACGGGCCUCCUGGAACGGGCAAGACGAUGCUGGCCAAGGCGUUGGCUGGCGAGGCCGGCAUUCCAUUCAUUGCUACCAACGGGUCCGAGUUUGUAGAGAUGUUUGCCGGAGUUGCGGCCAGCCGGAUCGCCAACCUGUUUGCCAAGGCUCGGAAGUUCGCCCCCUGCAUCAUUUUCAUCGACGAGAUCGACGCGAUUGGGUCGCAACGAACAUCGAGAGGUGGAAGCGAACGGGAGGCCGCCCUGGUUCAGCUACUGGUAGAACUGGACGGUUUCCUGGUGCACAAGGAGCAGGUGAUGCUGAUCGGGGCGACCAACCGGUUGGACAUCCUGGACCCCGCGCUGCUGCGGGGGGGGCGCAUGGACAAGCACUACCGGGUGGGCCUGCCGGGACGGGCGGCGCGCUUCCAGAUCCUGCAGCACCACGCGAGAAAGAAGAAGUUCAAGAACGACGAGGAAAGGGAUGCCAUUCUGCGGAUGCUCUCGUCGCGGUGCGCCAACUACUCGGGGGCCAACCUGCGGAACAUUCUGGAGCAAGCGUCAAUGAUCUCGGUCAAGUAUGACCACGACUUCAUCACAUAUGAGGACGUCAGGGAAGCUUUUGGGAAGUCAUCGGAGCAGCCGCCGUUGGCAGUGUUUGAGGACAUAUCGGGCGACAAGAAGUUGCGGGUGGUGUACCGUGAGGCGUCUCAGUGCCUGGCAUAUGCGUACAUCCCCAGCUACCAAGCGCCCUUCCUUAAGACGGACAUCAAACUGCGCGGCCCGGAGGUGAACGUGAAGCUAGAUUUGGAGUACAGCUGGCGCAGGUUCAUGAUCGACGGCACGCGAGACGGCCGGUGGCAAAAGUCGGCGGCCGCGUUCGGGAAGCUCGCGCGGCUGCAGACGAAGCAGACGUACAUCGACUUGAUCACCCGGGGCUACAUAUCUGGGGUACAAAGCAGUGCGUUCAAGCAUCAAGACGAUGACCAACAACAAGUGAAGACUUGCCCUCAACACCGCGCCGCGGAGGAGCUGGUGUUUGGGCGCGACCAGAUCACGUACCCGGCGCAGGUGCACAUGACGGUGGCCAACCAGAUGGCGGACCGCAUGGUGCGCGAAACGGGCUGGACCGCGCUCGGCCCGCACACCUUCUUCACGCGGGAUGAAGUCCUCGAAAGCGUCCGCCCCAAGAUCCACGCGCUCGUCCGCGAGUACAUCCGGUACGCGUCCGAGAUGAGCCGCAUGAUCGUGCGCGAGUGCCGGCCCGCGCUUGAGGCGUUCGCCAAGCACCUGCUGGAGCACGAGGAGAUCGACGCGGCACAAGUGCAGGAAAUCUUCGAGCGGUGCCCACGUAUCCCUCAACCGGACGUCCUUCCAGUGAAUGAGUACGAGGCGCUCAUGCUGUGCAACCGGUGGGGCAUCCACGGUUUAUCCCUGCCUGGGCGGGCCACCUUCCAACCGGGGAACAGCGGUUAUGUCACCUUCGGCGCGCCACGGCCGCACCAGAUCAACAACCUGCCGCAGCAGGUACUGGACGGCUUCUCGGAGACGUUUUCGCUGAACCAGGUGAUGGAGUGGGAGGCCAACAAGUACUGGCGCAAGUUCGACGCGGACGACGAACUAGACAAGGAGCACCGGGCCAUGCCGGACCUCAUCACGGAAGUUGUCUAGUCAUAGCGAAGAGAAGUGACCGCCAAUCAUCAACCAUAGGAAUCUUCCUGCUCUGCUGAUGGGGGCAGCUUGAGCCGGCUUUGACGUCGGAAAGUUUGUAUCAUGAAACCUGUCAUCGGAUUUGCCACUGAGGUUUGACAAGAGGUGCCGAGUAACGGGGAGCAAUGCACCGGAGGGAUUCGAUAUGCAGAGCAUGUCGCUAUUGUUGAUAUCGAGAAGGUGCAUGUAAUCUGGCAAGUCACGUGGAAAGGUCUGGCAGCUGAGCGGCCUCUGGACACAAGUAUUCAAGUGCAUAAAUUUGCCGGGAUCGGGGCCUUCCGAAGCAACCCCAGC